AUGUACCAAGUCAAAGAGAAGGCGGAGAAUGGAGACGCCAGCGAACUUGGUUUUGUGUCAUUUUACAAGAAAUUACCUUCAAAAGGGGAGGACACCAUACGUUUGUUCGAGCGGCAGUCGGGAGAUUACUACACCGUGCAUGGCCCAGACGCAAUUUAUGUUGCUACUCAUGUGUUCCGAACUCAUUCGGUCAUAAAGUACUGGGGAAGGCAACCAGACUCCCUCCCUACCGUAAACCUGACACAGGCAGCAGCAAAGUCGUUUUUGCGCGAGGGACUAACCGCAAAACAGCUCAAGAUCGAAAUUUGGACUACUGAAGGUGGCAAGAAAAGUGGGAAGUUCGAUCUCUCUAAGAAGGCUUCCCCGGGAAAUCUUCAAGACGUCGAAGAAUUAUUAUUCGCUAAUUCUGAUAUUCUGUCCGCACCCGUCAUCAUGUCGAUCAAGCUCUCGAAGAAGGAUAAUCUUAAUAAUGUCGGAGUCGCUUUCGCGGAUGCCACCGUGAGACAAAUUGGCGUGUCAGAGUAUGUCGACAAUGAUUUGUUGUCUAAUACCGAAUCACUCCUCAUCCAACUUGGAGUGAAGGAGUGUUUGGUCCAGUCCGAUCCAAAAGAGAAAGACAUAGAAUUAGGGAAACUGCGUGUUAUAUUAGACCGUUGCAGCAUUGUGAUGACCGAGAGAAAAUCAUCCGAAUUUGCUACUCACAACAUUGAACAGGAUCUCAACCGGCUACUCAAAGGGGAAACUUCUGCUGCUACCCGACCUGAAUUUGAUUUAAAAGUUGCAAUGGGCGCCACGGCGGCCCUCAUCUCAUACCUCUCUCUCACUCACGACGAUUCAAAUCAUGCACAGUACGCUCUGGUGAGGCACGACCUAUCUCAGUAUAUGCGCUUGGAUGCAUCUGCUUUGCGCGCGCUCAACCUCAUACCGAGCACCCAUGAAGUGGGGCAGAGCAAGAACAUGACUCUUUUCGGUAUAUUGAAUCGGUGUAAAACUGCUCAGGGUGUUCGCCUUCUUGGCCAGUGGCUCAAGCAGCCCUUUGACAAUGGCCAUAUGAAUGUCAUGGCGUUUGCAGUCAAACGUCAAGACCUGGUAGAAGUUUUGGUGCAGGACAACAACUCGCGACACAUCUUGCGGGAUGACUUCUUAAAGCCUAUGCCCGACAUGCGCCGCCUGACCAAGCGAUUUCAACGAUCUAUUGCUUCGUUGGAGGAUGUCGUGCGAGUAUACCAAGCAAUACUCAAGGUGCGUGUUCUUUUUCCCAUGCUUGGGCCCAUCUCAGCUCGCCAUUUCCAGCUCAAUGGGCUCGAACAUGUGGAGACGCUGGGGAGAUAUGCGGACAUGGUCGAGCAGACCAUUGAUUUAGAGGAACUUGAUCGCCACAACUAUGUCAUCAAGCCUGAAUAUAAUGCGCGAUUGCAAGAAUUAACCGAGCAUCUUUCCAAUGCUCGAGAUGCCCUAGAUAAGGAACAUCGACGGGUUGGGAAAGAUUUGGACCUCGACCUUGACAAGAAGCUGCAUUUAGAGAACAAUCCAACUUGGGGCUAUUGUUUCCGACUGUCGAAAGGAGAUGCCAAGGCAAUCCACAACAAUCGCAACUAUAUCGAAUUAACCACUCAAAAGUCGGGGACCUUCUUCACAACGAAAACCAUGAAAGAAGUGGCAUCAUCGUUCCGAGAUUACAGUGAGGAGUAUCAGAAAGAGCAAAGCAGCCUUGUUAAAGAAGUUGUCAGCAUUGCUGCGACAUACACACCUGUUCUGGAAGCUCUAGAUGAUCUUUUGGCAGAUCUAGACUGUAUUGCCAGCAUGGCAGAAGCAUCCGUGUCUGCGCCGACACCCUAUGUCAAGCCUACAGUACUGGAUAAAGGUGGAGGCGAUCUCAUCCUCAAGGAGGCCCGACAUCCUUGUCUUGAAGUACAAGAUGAGAUUAGUUUCAUUCCGAAUGAUGUCUCGCUGGUGAAAGGGAAAAGCGAUUUCUUAAUCAUUACUGGGCCAAACAUGGGAGGGAAGUCAACCUAUAUCCGUCAGGUGGGAGUGGUCGCAUUAAUGGCACAAAUAGGGUGUUUCGUGCCAUGCGAAGAGGCACAGCUACCUGUGUUCGAUUCGAUUUUAUGCCGUGUCGGGGCCGGCGACAGUCAACUUAAAGGUGUAUCCACCUUCAUGGCAGAAAUGCUUGAAACUGCUACGAUUUUGAAGUCUGCUACUCAGGACUCUCUGAUUAUUAUCGAUGAACUCGGCAGGGGGACUUCCACAUACGAUGGGUUUGGUCUUGCUUGGGCGAUAUCGGAGCACAUUACCACAGAAAUACAUGCAUUCUGCCUUUUUGCCACACACUUCCACGAGCUCACUGCCCUAGCUCAAGAAGCACCUCAGGUUCAAAAUCUACACGUUGUAGCUCACGUCACUGCCCGAGACAGCGCUAAAAGCAAGCAUGAUCGUGACAUCACACUCCUAUACAAGGUGGAGCCAGGAGUCUGCGACCAAAGUUUCGGUAUUCACGUUGCCGAAUUGGCGAAUUUCCCAGAAAAUGUGGUGAAGUUAGCGAAGCGCAAGGCAGAAGAAUUAGAAGAUUUCGGAGGUACGUAUAAUUACGAUGCUGAUCACGAAAGGCCGGCUCAAUGCGAUCUUGUAGAAACCACCCACUUCGAACCAAGCAAGUACUCGCGUCAAGAAAUGGAGGAGGGCGCCAAGCUUGUUGAAGAGGUCUUCCGGACGUGGACAGCUCAAAAAUCCGGUCAAACUGGCGAAGACGUCGUCAUGAGUGAGGCUAUUGAAGGCGAUGAAAACGCAGCGCAACUUCAGCAAUUGCGUGCUAUCUUCGAUCAAUACAGGCCUAGGAUUGAAGCCAAUCCCUGGUGCCGCGAAAUUAUCGAAUCGCUAUGA